UGAAAAUUACGACAUUGUUUUUCAUUUACUUUCUGUUGAUAAAUUUCUAUUUUGUUGUAUUAAGCAACGUGGUAAGGCACAAUAUAAUGCGAGAAACUUCAGAGGAAGCACCAAGGCAUAAUGUGACCGUGGAAUCCAGGAGGCCCUUCUACGUCAUCGGCCACAUGGUGAAUUCACUGGACGAGGUGGACGACUUCAUUGAAAUGGGGGCCAACGCACUCGAGGUUGACAUUGAGUUUGCGAAUAAUGGCACCGUUCUUGGAACGUUUCACGGCGCCCCUUGCGACUGCUUUCGUGGCUGCUUCAAGCGCGAAACCAUCGCGGACUAUUUGGAAUACAUUCGAGAUGGAACUAGUUUCGCCGAUUCAAGGUACAAAGGAAAGGUGAUUCUACUAAUUAUGGACUUGAAGACAAGCAAGCUCAGGUCAUCAGCGAAGAAGAAAGCCGGCCUAACUCUGGCGGCGAAACUCUGGAAGCACCUAUGGGAAGGUGUGCAACCGCAGUACAUGGUGAACGUCCUGCUGUCCAUCGGCUAUGUGAAAGACAAGAACGUCCUCAAGGGUGUUUUGAAAUAUUUCAAGAAGGAACAAACUAGACACAUUCUCGACAAAAUAGGCUUCGACGUUGGCAUGAACGAUCCACUGGAGAAGAUCGGGCGCAUGUACAAGCAGCUGGGCAUCAAUGGUCACCGGUGGCAGGGAGAUGGUCUCUCCAACUGCGUCCGCUUUCUGGUUCCCGUCGCUAGGCUCCGGCAGGCCGUCAAGGCCCGCGACAACCGGAAGGGCUACAUGGACAAGGUGUACCACUGGACCGUUGACCUGCCACACUUCAUCAGGAAAAGUGUCGAGCAUGGUGUGGACGGAAUCAUCACGAACCGGCCGGACAACGUGCUCCAAGUACUGAACAGCACUCCGUACAGUGAACUUCUCAAAGUUGCCGACUUCAACGACAGUCCGUGGACGCGGUUCAUUGAGCCAAUGUUGAGGAACGAGACGGAGCGUGACAUGGAAGUCCUGGGUGGAGGAGAAGUGGAAGAGCGUCUCAGUCGUCCCGCCAACUUCGACCCUUACGAGAUAACUGCGGUUUGGACGGAGUAGAAAUGGGUGCCGUGUCUUGUGACCGUACACCAUAGACUGAGCUCCAACGUGCCGUUUCAAACUUCCAGUGAACGCCGCGAAACGUCGGCGUUCCAAGAACGCAGCGACAAGGGCAACUGCAAAAAUACUUCGCCGUGGAUAACGUGGAACAUGAACAACGCGAAGGCCAACCCUUGAUAUGGGGGCACUAUGAAGGGUCAUUCCAUUAAAGAAGUACUGCAACUACAGCAUACAUAGCUACAAAUGGUAGCUGCACAGAAAACUAGAGUGUAAGAGCAAUCAGCACAUUUCAAACGUGUUGCAGUAACGCAAAGUUUGUAAAAUAAUGGAAAAAGGAAGAAAGACAGAUGUGCCUUUCCUCUACCUGUUUCCUUUGUUAUAAACUUUGGUUUACUACAUCAUGUUAAGUAAACAACAACUCGCCCAAGAAGAAGUUAUCCUGCACUCAAUAUCAUCAUGUACGAAUACACCCCUCACCGAUGCGUUCGUGCUAAAAGGACAUACGGGCGA